GAUUAAUAGAACCUUGAUCACAAUUGACUUGGUCACGGUUAUCAGUCACGGUUAUCAGUCACGGUACAAGUAAAUUAAAUGUCACAAUCAUGGUAAAAAUUGACAGUUCAUUAACUUCUCAAUUAAAAAGUUUUUCUUUUCAGUCGAAGUGAUUCCAACUGUUUCUGACAAAUUCAUUAACUUUAAUGGAAUCAGCUCCAACCAUAAUUUUUCGUAAAUCUCCCACCGAACUUGAAAUAUCAAAAAUCACAGAAAUCACGGAAAUUCCAGAAAACUUUACAGAAGAAACGAUUUCAACACCAUUAGAUAAUUGCACACCAUCUACAUCUGCACCAGUUUCACGAAAAGCCAACAGCAGACAAGGUGGUAGUAAACUAAAUAAGAAUUUAAGCAAAAGACCUCAAACAAGUUCAACUCGUUCAUCGUUAAAUGUACGUGUCAUUGUAGAUAAUGGUAAUAGACGCACUCCUACCAAAUCCAUUGGAGAGUAUAGUACCAUGUAUAUGGCUACGACUUCACCAAAAAUGAAAAACGUUCCGCAGUCAUCCCAGUUUUUGGACUGGCUGUUAGAAUUCUUCUGGAAAUGUAGUUCAGGUUGCCAAGAUUUACCUACCCAAUAAGGAAGUUGUAUGUAAUUUUAUUGUGUAAUUUGAAAAGAUAAUCCAAAUAUAUGUUUGUUUACUUUAUUAGAUAAUCACAUCUGGAUUAAAUACUAUAUUAAUUAAUAGGACUUUCUCAUAUUACGGUUUGUGUUAUGUUAUCUAUGUGGUAUUAAUACAGUGCGAUAUAAAUCUAUUGAGUCCCUUCUGUCGCUAAUGCAGUAAUGGAAUAGUUUAAAUGCUUGUAACAACCAUUCCAAUCUUCUGGUAUGCUAUACUUCUAAGUAUAGUGCUGAUGGAUUCUGGAGAGAUUCAGUCAGAAAGUGAAUGCAGGUGUCGUCCUCUUCCUCACAAAAUCUGCACUAGACCCAGUAGUGAUUCUUGUACGGCUGGCUAGUGGUACCUAAAGCAUUGAUAUCACCAAUUUAUGUACUAUAUAAAGUUUAAGAAUA